UGGAAUGGUUUUAUUGAGCUUGUUAUUGAGGUGGUGACAUUUGUUCCUUGCAUUAUGGUCCUUUCAAUGCCAUACGAAGAAUGUCUAGACAUAUGACAUUGCUUCGUUGAGGUCAUUCAUCCUGUAACAUUGAAGACUGUCUUAAUCCUGGGCUAUCUUUGCUGAAGUAAUCGGUCCAAGUGCACGCCUUGGCGUGCGAGGAGUCUCCAUGCAGUCUCCAUGCACUUAUGAUUGCUUUGUGUGGCAGUUCCAUUGACUUAAGGUCCUGAUUCGUAUUCUUUACACAAGCGUGAGGCAUCCUGUACCCUGUCUGGAAUCAGAGCAUUCCCAGAAUCCAAGACACAGCAUCGUCAAAGGAUUCUGUCCUUGUUCAUAUGCAGAGGCCGUAACAGUAAAAGCUUGUUCCACAUUGACAGAUCUCCCUUUCUCGGCCUCGUAGACGGAUGAUGGACUCUCAGUAGGUUACAUUAUCUACGCCAGUAAUCACAUCAGCGGUUUUUGAACUGUGCCGUGUCUUCAUUCUCAGCACACAAAUCUUUUUCUAUCGAUUGCCGGGGCCGAAAGCAUAAUAGUGCAGCACAGUAGCGGAGAGUGGAAGCUUCCGAGACUCGAGAAGGAAAUCAAUCUUGGCAAUCUUUCUGUGAUUCGCAUUUGCGACAGCACAGUACCUGAGGAAAAGGAAGGCAAGGAGAUACGUAGACCUUGUGUCCUGAAAUGAAAGUAAUCAUUCUCAUCAUUUGCCGUGACAAAUCUUUCUGUUACGCAGAUGGUGCCCAUGUCCCCAUGACAUACGGCUCAUAUGCAGGGGAGGAGAAGACAGAAGAGGAUAUCGAGGACAGACACAAUCGUUGAGAAAGAAUGGCUGCCACUGCUGCUGCUGCUGCCAUGCCUGUUUUCCAGCUCUACGGUUUGUCCUUCUGCUCUGGCCCCGAAGCACUCGUACGCUGUCAGCAGAGAAUUCAUCUGAAAGCAUUUUCUGCUGCUGCUUCCUCUCCGACUGACGUUUUUUCGCGCUCGGGGCGCGCGAGAAGACAACAUGGACUCCCCGGAAGCCUGCCGCGCAAAUCGACCCUACGUUAUGGCAGUUGUGGCAGAUGGCAGGGCGAUACGCGGUGUACUUCAAAUUUGGGGAUGGCUGCGGAGGGACAGAAUGUAGAGACCGCCGUUACGAAGGCGAAGGUCGCAGCAGAGCUCGAUGAAAGAGGUGUGGAAAGGAGGCUCGUAGCAAACGCUUGUCGCUGUGGAUUGUGUGGCAGACGAGGUCUAAUUGCAGCUGUGAUGGGUGCAUUUUCUGCUUCUCAGUCGGUCAAAGCUGCUGGCGCUCUGGAUGCCGGCAAUUCCGAGUACAAGAAGAUAAUCGAAACUGUUCAUCCGAGCAGAGGAGGGUGGUAUGAGGAGUUUUUCGCCAGGGUCAUGAAUUCUAGCAUGGAUCUUUACGAGGCGGGGGUUGGGGACUACAAACGAGAGCUCUUCGGAAAGCUAGACGACAGUGUCGAACAGGUUCUGGAACUGGGAAUUGGAACAGGGCCCAAUUUGAAGUACUAUGGAAAUAAAUCUGGCAUUCAGAAAGUCAUCGGAGUCGAUCCUAAUUUACAGAUGGCCAAAUUCUGCUCGUCAGCAGCGCUGAACGCAGGCCUUUCUCAGUCACAGUUUGAGUUCAUUCAUGGUGUCGGGGAGAUAAUACCGUUGCCUGAUGCCAGCGUAGAUGCCGUGGUGUGCACUCUUGUGUUGUGUUCUGUCAAUAACGUUUCUUCGACUUUGAAAGAGGUGAAAAGAGUGCUCAAGCCUGGCGGUGCCUUCCUCUUCGUCGAACAUGUUGCAGCACCAGAGGGCAACGGUCUGCGACUGUGGCAGAGGAUAUUAGACCCUCUUCAACAGCUAUUUGCAGACGGCUGCCAUCUAACACGAGACACUCUCGGGGAAAUCGAAUCAGCUCAGUUUGAAUCUGUGGAAGCAAAUAACUUCACAGUUCCAGGUUUAUUUGUCAUCGGUCCGCAUAUUUCAGGAGUGGCUCACACUGCUCACAAAGAUCUGUAAGCUGUCAUUCUCUGCGUCUUACAGUGCAUCUUCGAAGGCAUGACAUGAUGCUAGGGUUUAGGGUUCAAACUCACUUGAAGGUCACGUCCCAGGUAACGUCUGAUAUUUGGGCGCUUUGAUAUUAUACUCAACUGAAAUCCACGUUUCAGGUAAUAUGUGGCUUAGACUGUACAUGCCCAUCAUGUAUACGACAUUUUCAUUGUCAUGGAUUGGCCAACAUCUCCGGUACAGGCUGUUUAGCAGUGAGACCUGGCCUGUCUUUCCAAGUUACAGGAGCAGAUAUCGCCUUCUGGUGGGGUAUCCCACAUCAUCCAAAACGACUUGUGUACGAGAAAUGUUCUGCAGUUUUAGAUUCAGUAGUUUACAUCAUUGACAAACACUUCAAUAUUACACCGACAUUCCCUGCAACAGUUGCAGAUUAUUUUACACCAACGAUGUGAAUAGAUUUGAGUUCUAGAUCGUUGUUGAUGAAGAUAAGCUGCGCAUGAAAAACAUGAAAGACAUGUUCCCAAACAAGUUGCUGCCACUACGGUGCAAGUGUUAGUGCUACACUCGGAGCAAAGAUUUUGUGCUUCAAACAGAUAAAAAAAUAGCUGUAUAACACAAAUAAUUAUGCUCUCAGACUCUUGCCAGGCAGGC